GAUUAAUGCCAUAAGCACCCUGUUUUGUUGGCUCGGUUUUGUAAUACUGUAUGUAAGCCUACAUAUAUUGUGAUCGGACAACCCGUGUGUUAUCUUGAAUAACAAAUUUUUUUAUUUACGUUGAAAAUAGUUGUUUGUUUCGUUUAUAUUUUAAAUACUCUCUACAUAUUUCUGUGCAUAAUGAACAUUACGAUUUCACAACUAAGUAAGAAAAGAAAUUAACUUCACUCGGUGACGCCAUUUUGUCCAAUUUUUGUAUACUGCUUUAUAAAUGGAAUUUGGUAAAAAAAGGUAUAAGGGUGGUCGGACACCUUCUAUUAGGUCCAGUGAAAGGCGUCGUCCUCAAAGUGUUUCAUCUAUAUCCACACUAUCCCCGAGAGUUGUUUUGUCAAGAUUGGAACCAAGGGAGUUUGAACGUCUUCGACUAUCCUACAAAAUUGCAAUCGACCAAAGAAGAUCCAGAAGCUGCCGUGGCAUGAACAUGGGUCAAAAAAUUAGUGGCGGAGUCAAAACAGUUAGUCGCAAUGAUUCACAGUCUACAUUCAAACCAAUAAUACCAAGAGAGUUGCAAGCUGAUUUCGUUAAACCAGCACGAAUCGAUAUAUUGCUUGAUAUGCCGCCAGCAUCUCGAGAUCUUCAAUUAAAGCAUUCAUGGAACUCCGAAGAUCGGUCUCUUAACAUUUUUGUAAAAGAGGACGACAAGUUGACAUUUCAUAGGCACCCAGUGGCUCAAAGUACUGAUUGUAUUCGCGGAAAAGUCGGACUUACAAAGGGAUUGCAUAUUUGGGAAAUUUACUGGCCAACAAGGCAAAGAGGAACCCACGCUGUUGUCGGGGUAUGCACUGCAGAUGCACCUUUACAUUCAGUUGGCUACCAAAGUUUAGUUGGAUCAACUGAACAAAGUUGGGGCUGGGACUUAGGAAGAAAUAAAUUAUACCAUGACUCAAAAAACUGCGCUGGAGUUACAUAUCCAGCCAUUCUUAAAAACGACGAAGCUUUUUUAGUUCCAGAUAAGUUCUUAGUAGCGUUAGAUAUGGACGAAGGAACACUAAGCUUCAUUGUUGAUCAGCAGUACCUCGGUAUUGCGUUUAGAGGACUGCGAGGAAAAAAACUAUAUCCAAUUGUUUCGGCGGUUUGGGGACACUGUGAAAUAACAAUGCGUUACAUUGGUGGAUUAGAUCCUGAACCGUUGCCCCUAAUGGAUCUUUGCCGAAGAACAAUUCGUCAAAAAAUUGGCCGCACAAACUUGGAGGAGCACAUUCAACAGCUUCAACUUCCUUUAUCAAUGAAAACAUAUUUAUUGUAUAAAAACCGCAGAUAAUAGUUUUGUUAAGUAGAUGGAGGAGCAAUUUCAAUUUUUGCUGCAUGUGAUGAAAGCAGCAAAUACUAAUUGUGUUAGAUUAUAAUAGUAUUAGAUCAAUGUUUGUCUGUCCUCCAACAGGAAAAUCAUAGGUAUACAAUUCGUAAUAAUACUUUACUUUAGCUAUAAAGAUUGAUUGUAUAUUAAGAAGCAUUCAAAUAAUAGUAUGUACACGGAAUGACAUCUCAUCUUGCAAUAAAUUGGAGAAUCGUGUUUCUUCAUGUAACAUUA